AAGAGUUCAGUACGAAGGCUUUGAAAUCACGCAAAGUCAAACACCUGCUCUCAUAUAAAAUUACGCUAACAGACGACUGGUAACGAGCGUGAGAUUAAUGAAAACUAGAUUGGGGGUUAGGAUAAACAUGCGUGCAAGUUUGAACUCACUGACAAAAAGCGACUUCUUAUAAUGGACAUAUGCUUAAAAAAGUGACACGACACAGAGCAAAAACGUCGAUCGUUGAUUUGUACAGGGUUGCUGAAUGAGAGUGUAAUAAUGAUGGAUCAUGACACUCAGUGGCUGUACCAACUCCUUGCUGAAGUGCAGCUGGAGAGAUUCUACAUAAGGAUACGCGACGGACUCAAUGUGACGCGUAUUGAGCACCUGAACUAUGUUAAAGAAGCAGAUCUUGAACAGAUUGGCAUUAGUAGACCAGGACAGCGACGAUUAUGGGAAGCUGCCAAACGUUAUAAAACCAACAUACGACCACGUUCAUGGAUGACCAAGGUCUUCAAUGGUCGCACCCCAGAGGGAAGUGACCAGUUAAAUGCUGUUGGACCCAGCCAGGGGCCGGACACAGGGCGUGCUCUCACCUGUCUUAUCCAGGACAGUGAACUGAUCUUUGGGGAGAAGCUGGGCUCAGGCUCCUUUGGGGUCGUUAGGAAAGCAGAAUGGCACACGGCAACUGGACGAGUGCUGCAUGUAGCAGUAAAAACCUUAAGGGGUGGCUCAUCCAGACAGGUAGACAUGGUGGCCGAUUUCCUUCAGGAAGUUACGACCAUGCAGUCUCUGGAUCAUCCCAACAUUAUACGCCUCUAUGGUGUUGUCCUUACUCAACCACUUAAAAUGGUAACGGAGCUGGCUCCUUUCGGUUCUUUAUAUGACACACUACGCCUUCGACAGGGAGAAUACUCUCUUUCACGACUCUGGCUAUUCAGCACACAGAUUGCUGCAGGUAUGGAGUACUUGGAGUCUAGACGCUUCAUCCACAGAGACCUUGCUGCCCGGAACGUGCUGUUGGCUGCUAGAGAUCAAGUGAAGAUUGGAGACUUUGGAUUGAUGAGAGGCUUGGAUCAGGACAGAGACCACUACGUCAUGACAGCACACAGACGCAUACCCUUUGCAUGGUGUGCCCCUGAGAGCUUACGUGUGGGAUCUUUCUCUCAUGCCUCAGAUGUCUGGAUGUUUGGUGUCACAUUGUGGGAAAUGUUCACUUAUUGCGAGGAGCCCUGGCUGGGGCUCUCUGGCAGACAGAUCCUGUAUCGUGUAGAGCGGGGUGAGCGGUUGGAGAGGCCUCCAGACUGUCCGCAGGAGUUGUAUUCUGUGAUGCGUAAAUGUUGGGCUUGCAAUUCUACUGACCGACCGACCUUCUCACAGCUCACCACCAUGGUAGCAGAGGCACAGCCUAUGGAGGUUCGUGCAGUGAAAGACUUUACAGAGCCCAGAAAACUCUCUCUACAGGCAAAUGAUCUAGUGACCAUAAUAGACCAUGGGCUGGAAAUGAAUGAGUGGAAGGGGCAAAACCAGAGAACUCUCAGUGUUGCUUUGUUCCCCCCUGCAUUGGCAGCCCCCUCUCUCACUGCAGUAGGUCUGGGGCCUGGUCCUGGUCCUGGUCUUAUCUCUCCCCCUGUUAGAGGUAGGCUGCAGCACACUGGCCAUGGAGACACUGACCCAGGACGCAGCUGGGGGACACCAGAAGGAAUAGAUGACCCCGGAUGUUGGAGGAUUCCAUUAGGAAGAGAGAAGGAAGGCUCCAAUCUAAAGAAAAUGGAAGGCAUGUCAAAGAGUCUGGAGUCCGUCCUUGGUGUUUCACAGGUCAAAGGUCGAGCUGGUGGGAGUGUUGCUCAAAGAACCGAUAACCGCAGACCCAUACAGGGUCAACUGGUCCAAGACCCCCGCAGACUUAGUGAUGCUGUUGUCACCAUGCCUCCACGGCCACCACCCCCCAAUUUCAAACGCAUCAAACCCCAGAUGAUGAUGCAUGAUCGGAGAAUGGGAAACCCAGCCACUGGUGCCUGGACCCCUCCAUCUCAACCUCACCUACAGCUACAGUUCCAACAACCACAGCAGCCAUUUUUAAUGGCUAACAAUCUUGCCAGAAUGGCCCAAUUAGCCAAGUCAAGCCCUCAGUUAGAUGAUGGCUUUGAGGAAGAGAAGGAGAGAGAGAGGGAGCAAGAGAAAGAGAGAGAGCGCCAGAAAGCAAAGGAGAGGUACCCACCGCAAGUUAACAAGGAGGCGCUAAUAGCACAAGUUCAGGAGGCGGUACAUGGAGUGACCAUUGAAGAGGUACAGAGAGCUCUGCAUCGCAAUGACUGGAAUCCUACACGAGCUGAACAACAUCUUAAGACAGACCAGCUUUAUUACAUGAAUCAGUGCUCCCGUGAGGAAUGUCAAAAAAUCCUGGCCCGCUACAACUGGGACCUGCAAACGGCUGGCCGUUACCUCUUUCGUCUGGUCAAAGACAGGACCAGAGAGGCUGCACAGGAAAGACGAUGAGAAAGAUUUUAAAGAAAGACUAUGGGAACAACAGUAUGCAGAUGUCAGGAGGAUUAGUGCUUUAUAUCACUGAAUACUGCCUUGAGGUCACAAAAAUCCAAGAUGCCUUAAAACCUGUGAACAAUUUUCAAGCCACCUCCAGUUUUGCAAGGUGAAAGCAUUUAUAGUGAGACUCUGUGUUGCCCCUUGUGUGCUUGAUGAUUCAAUUGGUGACAUCAAUUAAGUCAUUUCAGAUUUGUAUGAGGGGCUCAAAGGUGCAGUUUUGACCACAAAAACAUAAAAAAAAACCCAAAAAAACAAUCAUUCUCAUUAAACAGUAAAUGACACCAUUCCAGUUGCCAUUGUGACUGCUUAUUAGCAGUUUACAAUUUUUGUAUGCAAACAGAUUUGUUAAAUUUUCACUGCAUCUGUUAAUUCCAGAGAAACUGUAAAUAUAUGAUGAAUUUGUAUAUAAUAUAUAUAGUUAUAACUGUUUGUAGCUGUUUAAUAAAGUAAAACAUUUUUAUAUGUA